CCUCCUCUCUCUCCUCUGCCUCCUCCUCCUCCUCCUCUUCGGUCGGGUGUCCAGGGCCAGGAGCUUCCUUGAGGAAGGAAACAAGGCUGCAGUGGAGGGAGGGAAGCUCAUGCUUUUCUGCCGUGGAUGCGCUGAGGAAGAAGUGCCCGGCUCAUCCUCCUUGUCAGUUUCAGCGAAGCAUGAGGACCUCUUCGCCCUCACUCAAGUGCAGCCUUGUUCCCUCAGGGAGGCACCCUCUUUCGUUCAGUCACAAGGACAAGGACUGCAAACGGUGACAGCUGCCUCUCAGCAACACCCGCCUCCCUCCUUCCCUCCCUCACCCGAGUAUAAGCCAAGGGGGGCUUUUGCAGCAUUAAAAACAUGCUGAAAAGCCGGCUUAUACUUGAGUAAUUGUUUGUAGUUCCAUCGCUACCAUUAGAAACCUUCCUUCUGUAUCUGUCUUAACCAUUUGCAGGUGCCAGAGUUUGGGGAGAUAGAAUACCAGGCCCUUUCUUUUGGAAGUUCCCACGGAAGCCCAUUCUUCUCCCAGUCGUUUUUGUUUUCAGCCGUACAGAAUCAAGGGAUAACUUUUCAGGCCCUUGACGGUUCUUCCCAAAGGCAUCCAAGGAAGACCUUUUCUCUCCGUGGCCUCCAGUUUUCUUCGGAUUUCCCCUGGAUGGAGGAAAAAGAAGGAAAGGGGGAAGUGGGCAAAGGUGAAGGGAGUCGGCAGGAAGGAGGCUUUGUGGCUGGAGCUGUGCCUGUCUUUGCAUCUCAUCAUGGGGUCUACAGAGGGAAUGCAUGAGUGCCUGAAUGGAACUUAGUUCAGCAUGGACUCAAUUUGUGAACGUGGUUGUGAAUUAGCCAGUUGGGAAGGCAGGUCCUUCUUAGUUUGGAAGAUUCAUUUGGGAAAUGUGGCCGGAGUGACCCUUUGAGAUGCUGAGGAAGCAGAGUUGGGGGUCCCUGUGGCAGGGGAGAUAAUGACACAACCAAUAAAGAAAUCCUUGUUCCUUUGAGCAUUUAGCACAAUACUGGUAAUUCACAGAAAUCCAUGAUCCAGAAUAUGUUACACCCUUGAAUGUUGGGAGGAAUUCUGACCCAAUGAAAUGGGUGUGUCCCUCCAAUAUGGGGAAAAGGUUCAGUUCCCUCCUUCUGUGAUUCCUUCCUUCUCUUAUCCUCUCCUUCUGUGUUUCCUCCCUUCCAUCUUUCCUUUCUUCUUUCCUUUUUCGCCUUGUUUGCCUUGAGCCUGAGAUAUGCGGCUUCAUGUCUAACCUUUUGCUUCUUCUUUUUUGACCAGGACGUGAGAGUUCUCUGGAGCCACCCCUGCCGUGAUGGGAAACGAACCAGCUUCUAGUCGAUAUUAAGGAUUUUGGAAACCAAGUGUAGUAAGGAAACCAGUCCUCUAGGAAAAAGGAUUCCUCUCAAGGGGCUGAUCCUGCUGAAUCCCUACAUUCACUUUGGAUUCUAGAGUAGAACCAUAGAGUCGGAAGAGACUGCAUGAGGCACCCAGUCCAGGCCUCUGCCGUGCAGGAAAACCGCAAAGUACCCCUGACAGAUGAGCAUCUAGUCUCUGUUUAAAGGAUUCCAAAGGAGCAUCCACUGCAUUUUGAGGCAGAGAGUUCCACUGCUGAACAGCUCUAACAGUCAGGAAGUUCUUAAUGUUCAGGAAGAAUCCACUUUCCUGUAAUUUGAACCCACUGCUGUGAGUAAUCAGAAAGGGAAAAACGAGAAUCAAGUGUCCUUAUUAGAAUUAAAUAUACAUAACACUGCUGACAUGGAGAAGAAAGCAUAUAAAUGUAUCGAAAGUGGAAAGAGCUUUAGUCAGCAUGGAAAGCUGAAGGCACAUCAAAGGACUCACACUGGGGAGAAACCCUAUAACUGCCUGGAGUGUGGACAGAGCUUUGCUGAUAGUUCAACUCUACGUAAACAUCAAAGGACUCACACUGGGGAGAAACCCUAUAAAUGCCUGGAGUGUGGACAGAGCUUCUCUCGUAAUUCACAUCUACAUAGACAUCAAAGGACUCACACUGGGGAGAAACCCUAUAAAUGCCUGGAGUGUGGACAGAGCUUUGCUCAGAGGGGAAACCUAAAUUCACAUCAAAGGACUCACACUGGGGAGAAACCCUAUACAUGCCUGGAGUGUGGACAGAGCUUUGCUCGUAGUUCAGGACUACGUUCACAUCAAAGGACUCACACUGGGGAGAAAUCCUAUAACUGCCUGGAGUGUGGACAGAGCUUCGCUCACAGUUCAGCUUUACAUAGACAUCAAAGGACUCACACUGGGGAGAAACCCUAUCACUGCCUGGAGUGUGGACAGAGCUUUGCUUGUAGUUCAGGACUACGUUCACAUCAAAGGACUCACACUGGGGAGAAACCCUAUGAAUGCCUGGAGUGUGGACAGAGCUUUGCUCGUAGUUCAGCUCUACGUAGACAUCAAAGGAUUCACACUGGGGAGAAACCCUAUGAAUGCCUGGAGUGUGGACAGAGCUUCGCUCAUAGUUCAGCUCUACGUUCCCAUCAAAGGACUCACACUGGGGAGAAACCCUAUGAAUGCCUGGAGUGUGGACAGACCUUCGCUCAGAUUUCAACUUUACAUUCACAUCAAAGAACUCACACUGGGGAGAAACCCUUUAAAUGCCUGGAGUGUGGACAGAGCUGCACUCACAGUUCAGACUUACGUUCACAUCAAAGGACUCACACUGGGGAGAAACCCUAUGAAUGCCUGGAGUGUGGACAGAGCUUUGCUCGUAGUUCAGGACUACGUUCACAUCAAAGGACUCACACUGGGGAGAAAUCCUAUAACUGCCUGGAGUGUGGACAGAGCUUCGCUCACAGUUCAACUUUACAUAGACAUCAAAGGACUCACACUGGGGAGAAACCCUAUCACUGCCUGGAGUGUGGACAGAGCUUUACUCAGAAGGGAUGCUUACGUUCCCAUCAAAGGACUCACACUGGGGAGAAACCCUAUGAAUGCCUGGAGUGUGGACAGAGCUUUGCUUGUAGUUCAGGACUACGUUCACAUCAAAGGACUCACACUGGGGAGAAACCCUAUAUAUGCCUGGAGUGUGGACAGAGCUUUGCUUGGAGGGGAAACCUAAAUUCACAUCAAAGGACUCACAUUGGGGAGAAACCCUAUAAAUGCCUGGAGUGUGGACAGAGCUUCGCUCAUAGUUCAGCUCUACGUUCCCAUCAAAGGACUCACACUGGGGAGAAACCCUAUAACUGCCUGGAGUGUGGACAGAGCUUUGCUCGUAGUUCAGGACUACGUUCACAUCAAAGGACUCACACUGGGGAGAAACCCUAUAUAUGCCUGGAGUGUGGACAGAGCUUUGCUCGGAGGGGAAACCUAAAUUCACAUCAAAGGACUCACAUUGGGGAGAAACCGUAGAAAUGCCUGGAAUGUGGACAGAGAUUUUCACGGAAUGACAUUAGACAUAAACAUCAUGGAAUUCACCCUGGAGAGAAUGGUGUUAAUUGACCCCAGGGUGUCAUUCAAACAUGUACAAAAGCAACGUUUGCAAAUUUUGGAAAUGCGAGCUCAAAGUUGGGACUUUUCUUGCACUGGCAAGAGUAUGGAAAGGAAAGAGAACUCCAACAAUAGAAGAAUGGAUUUUAAAAGUACUUGACAUUAUACAAAUGGACAAUCUAACGCAAAAUAUAAGAGAUGGGAAAAAUAAAACGGACUGGACAAACUUUACAGAAUUUAUGAGAAA